AUGCAACCUGUUCCUGAACCAACGGGGAAUGAAGCGAAUGAGGCCGAGAUACCGGAAUAUGGACGUUGUACUCCACCCCGCCCGCCAUAUUCCCCAGUAACGCCUGUGCUCCGUCAGCUGGAACCAGAAGCAGCGAAGAAUGCGACUAUUGUACCACCACCCUUGUCGCCUUCCCCUACAAGCCAGUAUUUUCCUCCACAAACAACAUAUCGACCGUUGCCACCUCCUGCAAAUCCGCCCGUAUUCAAACCAGAGCCACCGCCAGUCCCGAUCUCGGAGAGUGAGAACCCCGAUGCGAUCGCACUGCGCUCAGCCUUGUCCAUACUGCAGAUGCAGAAACAACAGAGUCUACGCGAUUUAAAAACUCUCGAUCGCAUGAAGGUUUCUGCUGCUGCGGACCCAGAAGGGUUUGCGCGCGAGUUGGCAGAGGGUCGGUUGCGCACCGAAGAUCGCGGUACUGUGAUUCAGUUCUCUGAUGAUAUGGAUAUGGAUCUGGACGACGACAACGAUGAUGACGAUGAUAACAAAGAAAACCCGACAACAAAAAGCGCCGAUAGCCCCUCCGCGUUCGGUCGCAUCCCCCCGCCCCAAAAUGUUGUACGAAUGCCUCCAAUAAACUGGGCCAAGUACAAAGUGGUCGGGGAACCCCUUGAUCGCAUGCAUGAAGAACAGCUACGUCGACCAAAUACCGGCGAACUAAGACGAGACCCUGCACCAGAACACGUAUUAGCCUCGCCAUAUCGUCCACUGGUUGACCAGUUAGACACACCUGUACGGCUGGGCCGUCCAAGCAAGACUAAAAAGUCAUGA